CUGGCUCGAGUGUGGGAAAGAAUGCGGAGCCGGGUUCACACACCCCGCGGCUGCUCUGCCUUAAAUAGCCGGGCGGCUGGCGACGCGCGCGCGGGCCUGCGGCCUGGGACCCGCCUGGGAGGGAUACGGCGGGCGGCGCGCUCCGCCUGGCACCGGGAGGCGCGGGAGCGCAUCAUGCCUGCAGACACCCCGGGGAAGCCGCGAGCCUCGCCGCUGGCAGGAGCCCCGGCUAGCGCGAGCCGAACCCCAAACAAGCCCCGGAGUGCGGCCGAGCACCGGAAGUCCUCCAAGCCGGUCAUGGAGAAGCGGCGCCGAGCGCGCAUCAACGAGAGCCUCGCUCAGCUCAAGACCCUCAUCCUGGAUGCCCUCAGGAAAGAUAGCUCGCGCCACUCGAAGCUGGAGAAGGCGGACAUCCUGGAGAUGACCGUGAGGCACCUGCAGAGCCUGCGGCGCGUGCAGGUGACAGCCGCGCUUAGCGCAGACCCCACCGUCCUGGGCAAGUACCGCGCCGGCUUCAACGAGUGUCUGGCCGAGGUGAACCGCUUCCUGGCCGGCUGCGACGGCGUCCCGGCCGACGUGCGUUCUCGCCUGCUCUGCCACCUGGCGGCCUGCCUGGGCCAGCUGGGGCCCUCGCGCUGCCCAGCCCCACCGCCGGCCGCUGCGGAGGCCCCGGCGCCCGAGGUCUACGCUGGCCGCCCGCCGCUGCCUGCGUUCGACGGCUCCUUCCCCCUGCUGCGCCCCGGGGCAGCCUUCGCGCUGCCCCUCCUCCCGGGCCUGACUGGGGCGCCCCCCGCCGCCCCCGGAGCGGCCCUACAGGGCCGGGGCGCGCCCUGGAGGCCCUGGCUGCGGUGAGGCCGCGGCCUUUGCUGAGACUGUAGCCGAGAAUAUUUAUUUCUUGAGUUUUGUUUCCUUGUCUUUGCGAAGAGUCUAGUCUAGUAGCGUCUGCAGCCGAGGCAGCCCUGUGCUUCCUGUGGCCCCCAGCGGUGGUGGUGGUGGUGGGGGGGGUGUCAGCUGAUCACUUGGCGCUGGACCCUGGGGGGGGCUGCAGGAGACCCUUCCCCAGGCUUCCACCCCUGCUCCCAGCCCCUCCUGUCCGACCUGCCUGGGGGUUGGGCCUCCGCGUGGGGUCCGCCUGCAUCUGCACUGGAGCCGGCAACCCACCUUAAAGUGGGAGGUCUGAGAGGUCCCUCCGGAGGCUCAGGCAGGGAAGUGACAGUCACCACAUUUUCCAGAAUGUAUCCCAGUGUUGGGAAGCAAUCAGCAGCACUACGCAAGUGUUUUUUUUAAGGUUCCUUUCCCCGCUUAUACUUCUGGGGAACCUGGAAUGUUGUCCCAGGGCCCUGAGCUGUGGCGAGGGGCAACCGUGCCCUGUAGCUUCACUUUUGGCGUGGUCCACCUCCUGCUUCAUUCUCCUGGUUCAGCACAAAGCUGGCUGUGCCCACCAUGAGCUGAGCCUGCCCCAGGCCAGUGUCUGCGCAGGAGAGAGUGGGGAACUGGGGCAAGGCUGGCAGAGGGCACUUAGUGCCUGUCUGCUAUGUGCCCUAUCCUGCCUGAAAGGGGGUCUUCCUCCGGGGAAGGGACUGGAGGUUUGUCCUGCCCAUGGAUCAGUCCUGAGCACCGGCUGUGUGCUGGCCCUACAACACUGGGCAGCAAUACUAGCCAGGUUGGACAUGGGCCCUGGAGUCACUGUCCUGUGGUCUCAGGUCUUCCCGAGCUGCUGCUGGGGGCUGUGCUCCAGGUGUGAUGAGGGGGUGGUCGGGGUCACAUGAGCUGAGACUGGAGUGUCUCAUCCUGAGCCGCCUGAGGCUGAGCCAAGAUCCAUUUCCCACCUGUGGCCAAGUUCAUCGGAUGGUGCCUGCCGCCUGCCUGGCCAAGGCCCCUCACCGAGGAGGAGGGUGAGUCACAGCCAGGGGCUGGUCUGCCCCUCCUCCAACGGCUCCCAGGUCUGUGCUGUAGCAAGGGUUCACCUGGCCCUCCUGGACGUGGCCAUGCUCACCUGGCAAAUGUGAGCCAAGUCCACCAGCCAGUCACCCCCUUCUCUCUGGCUGCCUUGCCCAUCUCCCUGAGCAUCCAGAGCCUGGGUCAGUGGUCUUGGACGGGGUGGCGUGUGGGCCAGGUGCUGCUCCCUUGGACAUAAACUCAGAGAGCCUGAUCCUGGGGGAGCCUCAAAGUAAUGCCUCUUCCUUCCGAGCUGGGGCAGUGGUGGGACAGAGAGGGAGGGGGUGUUGAUCAGACCUGGGGGCCUUCUUGAGCAGGAGUGCUGCAGAGAAUCUACUGUGGGAGCUGGAAGCCCAGUGUGAUUGGGGGAGGGGAGCUGCUCAGGGAGGGCCUCAGUGCAGAAGCGGAGGGGAGGGCCUAGGGCUUCGGGAUGUGAAGCCGGGUCAAGGGGUAGGGGGUGGUCAGGGCCUGCUCACACCUGGGCCCCACACAUCCUGCAGGAAGAGCAGGGAGAAGGGUGGCCUGGGGACAUCACCUGGAACUUGGGUCAUCACCCUCUCCCAUGGGCAGUGACAGCUAUAGACCAGACCCCUGGCCUGUGUCCCCUCCCUGCCUUUCUUCCUGUCCCCUCUCCCCCACAUGGCCUCCUGACCCCCAUCUUCCUUCUUUCCUUCACUGUUGCCAUGGCGAUCUCUGCCUGGGGACCCUGUUAGCCCUGCAGGGACCUCUCAGGUCUGGGAGGAACCACACGCCAGUCCCUCAGACAGCCAAACUCCUUCCUUUGCACUCAGCCUCCCCCUGGAAUUCUCUCCCCACUUUCCCACCUGAUGCAGCCACCCCAGGCUUGGUGGGCUCCAGAGACCAUGUCUGUGUCACUCAACUCUGUCCCCAGCACCCGCAUGGAACAGCAAAGGAGCUCAAUCUAUAUUGACCUAAUUAAUGAACUUGAAUGAGAGAUGAGCCAGGAAGUUUGGGGCUGGUGUCAUCCUUGGUUAGAUUAGGGAGCUCCCAGGGAGCACAGCCCAGGCUGGGCCCACAAGGAGAGGAGCCUGGGCACAGGGCAGCACAGGGGGCUGUCUUGGGCCCCCUCCCAGGCUGCCCCAUGUCAGCAGCUGAAGGGAGCUGGGUCUCAGGAACAGCAUCCUUGCCUCCCAUUGCAGAAGGAACCACACCUCUCCCCACGCCCAGCCUGGACACCUGCCUGGUCCAGGGCAGAGCUGGGCAGACUCCCAAGUGCUUUUUCUGGUGGGAGGUGGUGGGAGUUGUGGCCCCAAACAUGGGGUACUCUCCUCACCCUCUUCCUUCCUCCCACCCCCUGUUCCACCCAUUUCCCACCCCUCCCCCUACCUGGGACAGGUCCCUUGGAGGAUGGGCUGUCCAUCAUUCCCCUGUCUAUCCCCCACUCCCAGCUAUUUUUAUCUUAGCUUUCUUCUUGCAGACCCUUCUUGCUGAAUAAUAGAUGAAGCGCCUUCUGGGGCGACGCCUGGGAGGGGGUGGGGGAGGAAUCAAGACUUCUUCCUCCUGGGGGGAGGGUGUGGCUAGAAGACCUGCUGGUCACUUCCCCUCCACGCAGGUGGAGUCUCAUUUGUUGGCCUCCUUCCAGCCCAGUUUCUGGCAAAGACCAAGGGUCAAUAAACAUUUGCUGAAUUCACAUGCACA